AUGUCUUCUCUUUACAAAACUUAUAAUGAGGUUCCCUCAAAAGAUAAAAAUGAUGUACCUAGUGGAAAUGUUCGUUUCAGAUUAAGUGAAGAAUCCUAUUCAAUUAUUCUCUUUUUAUUUUUUAAAUUGGGUGGAUUUUAUGAUGUUAUAAUCAAUGAUUCUCCAAUAAAAUUUUUAACCGAAAUUCAAUCAAUGCAAUAUUUUAAGGAUGGGGAUCUUCAUUUGGUCCACUCUAAGGAGAAGGUUAAAGUUAGAAGAAUUGAUGACUCCUCCAAAAAAAAUAAAUGGAAGCAGAACGGGGUUGAAAAUAGGGUCUACACAAUCAGUGAAGAUAAAAGUAUUCAUAUUUAUAAAAGAACUUUAACCUGGGAAAAUAAAAGAGGAUUUAAACUUUGGGAAUAUUCAAUUAGUUACAAAAACAAUGACUAUGUAAGCAGUAUCUUACUAAGACAUUAUUUGGAAGAUAAAAUUGUCACUGGAAAUGGCCAUAACUAUAGCACUGGUCAAGUCCCUAUUUCUAUUCGUCUAAGAGAAAAAAAUUCCUUUAUAGAACAUGAAGUGAUUGAUAUAUAUCCGCUAGAUAAAAAAUGUUUUAAAGCAAUUAGUGACUACUGCAAGAAAUUAUUCCAUUGCCCAGAACUUCUAGCUCAAAAAUACUAUGGCCUAUUUUAUUUUAAUGAAGACUAUAUGAAUAUUCCUGAAAAAAAAAGAUGCAGAAAAGGCCAACCCGAAAGUCUCUCACCAGAAACUAAUCAAAUUCCAAAAGAAUACGGUUCCAAUAAUAAUUUGGAUUAUAUAAACUCAGUAAUUAAUGAUGACUAUAAUAAAAUUAACAACGGAUUGUUUGCUAUACAUAAUAAUAAUAACAAUAAUAAUAAUAAUAAUAAUAAUAAUAAUAAUAAUAAUAAUAAUAAUAAUAAUAAUAAUAAUAAUAAUAAUAAUAAUAAUAAUAAUAAUUAUAAUAAUAAUAAUAAUAAUUUUAAUAACAAUUAUAUUUAUAAUUAUUAUAAAAACAAUAAUAAUAAUUUUAAUUAUAAUAUUGAUUAUAAUAAUAAUAAUAAUCUUUAUAAUAUUAGUAGUAAAAAUAAUAAUAAUAAUCAAAAAAACUCCCUAUCAAAUAAACUACCACCUAUAAAAAAUUAUAAUUAUUAUCCAACCAUCCGGGUUCCAUCAUCACCAGAAUUUUUAAAUGAAACACAAUGGGUCGCUAAAUUUUAA